CCCAUACAGCCCAACAAAAUUCAUAUUAUGACCGGUAAGUAGGGUGCACUUUAAAAGAAUGGACCAGUUCCAGUCACAUUAAGAUAUGAGAAUAGAAUAAUAGAGGAGUAGUAAACAUUUGCCAUGCCCCUGCCAUUUUCACAUGGCCUGCUAUUUUCACCAUGUGACUAUCCACUGCAUGAUGCCUCUUUCUCAGUGAACAUCGCAGCAGACUGGCUGAAUUUGAGUCAGCUGCAGCCAGUUGUAGCUCUCCAGUCCCUCCCUCUCUCCUUUCUAUUUAUAUUCAGCUUAAUUUCACUCCAGGACUAUUUUCUCCCUCUGACGUCUCCCACCUUGUCACUUGUUGCCCCUCUUCUUCUACUUCAUUUCCGUCUUCCUUCCUCAUACACUUCCCAUGGCUGGGCUUACGGAGGCCUUCCAGUGUGGGUAUGCUAAAUUACUUCAUUAUCACAAUUUGUGCAUUCAUUUCCAAUCUCCUCCAUGCUUUGUGGAGAGCAUUAGUGUCUGAGCCGGCUGGUUUGGCAUUGCGAGGCCCUUCUGUUAGGGAGUUCAUGGAGGAGUUGAGCCCCAGACAACUGGCUGUUAAGCAGCUAAAGCAAAAGUUCCUGGAGGCCCUGCAGGCCAACGAUGCCCAGGAAGUCCUGCGGAUUCUGCACACCAGCAAACUAGACAUUGACACGGUGCUCGAGGUGGAGGACCCGAGUAUGGUCCUGGCCUCAUACAAACAAGGUUAUUGGCUACCAGGCUACAAACUGGAGAAAUCCUGGGCGAUGGGUGUUCAUGUGUGUGUGAUGUACAAUGCUAUAGAAACAGCACUGGUGCUCCUUCAGGAAGGUGCGGCCAUCAACCGGAUGCCCAAUGGGAAGACCCCACUACAUGUGGCCUGCGAGGUCUCCAAUGGCGACUGUGUGGCCAUGCUUUUGGCUCAUGGGGCAAAGAUCAACAGCCUGUCGCUGAGCGGGCACACACCACUGCACUACUGUAUCACCAAGGAGUCAGUGAACUGUGCCAAGCAGCUCAUCUUAAAAGGAGCAAAAGUCAACAUGCCCGGCCAGAACAAUGAGGAGGACUCACCGUUACACACAGCAGCCAGAUUCGGCGUUCCAGAGCUGGUGGCUCUAUAUUUGGCCCACGGAGCAUCUGUGGAUGCAGUGAACUCCCUUCAGGAGACACCUCUGAUGACUGCUGCCUUCUGGGCUUUUGACACUAAAGAGCAAGUCUACAACGAAGAUCACCAUGUUGUCUGUCGUCUCCUGCUGGAUCACUACUCAGAUCCCAACCUCCAAGAAGAGGACCAUAAAACAGCUCUUCACAAAGCAGCCUGGAACUGUGAUCAUGUCCUAAUGCAGAUGCUGCUGGAGGCCGGAGCAGAUACGAGAGCCAUGGACAUCAAUGGCUGUGCCCCCAUUCAGUAUCUCCUCAAAGUGACUGAUGUGAGGCCUAUGGCCAUACCUGAGCUCUGCUAUCAGCUGCUGCUCAACCAUAACGCAGCGCGGGUCUACCCACCACAGUUCCACAAGGUGCUGCAGUCUUGCCACGACUAUCCCAGAGUAAUAGAAAUCAUGGUCAACUCUUAUGAACGUAUAAAGCCCACAAAGAAGUGGAGGGAUGCCAUUCCUGAUGACUGCUACAAGCGACAUAAAGACUUCUACGAUUCAGUGUUUGCUGUUUGCACCAACACUCCUCGCAGCCUCCUUCACCUGACCAGAUGUGCCAUCAGAGCCAGUCUGGGUGGCUUCUGCCACAGCGGUGUAACACAGCUGCCUCUGCCGUCUCCCAUGAAGAAAUAUUUAUUACUGGAGCCUGAGGGGAUACUGUACUGAUGGAGAGACUGGAGAGACUUUUUUUUGUAGACUUCAAUCACCAUAUGGGAUGCUCUAAUAUGGAGCUUGUCACCUGAUGAUUUAAACAGAAACAUUCAUUCCCUGGGGCUUUUGGCUGGAACAGGAGAAAUCCAUGUUUAGUGUGACAGUGCAGAAGACACAACAUGCAAGCUGUCUCCGCAAGUCAGGCAUCAGACAACUUACAAUUAAUCUGUUUUUUUUAAGGUGGUUUAAGGUUGGAUAUAACAGAGGACAACUUAUCACAAACCACAAAUCAACUGAUCGUUCAACCUUAAAUAUAUAGGAAUUUGAGCGACAGGUGAGAAAAUGGCAAUUCAUUGCUGAUAAUUGCUGUGCUUAUUCUGAUAAUAAUUUAUGGUGAUUGUACAGUGAGGAUAUUUGCCUGCUUGGUAACAUCACCAUCAAAUUCACAACAUGUGUUUUUAUAAUUUAUAUCUAUCAUAAUAUCACUUUCUCCUGAGACCUUAUAUGCCUCUUUUAAAGUGGCAGUGACUUUCAGUAAACAUCUUUGUCUUCUUUUGCACUCAUUUUCCAACUGAGCAGUGUUGACCAACUUGUCUGUCUACUUCAGUGCUGCCUCAUAUUUCAGAGGAUCCAAAUCUACCUGGCAACCAGCCUUAAUGGUCACUCUCGUGCUCUCAUGAUACUCCAGACAGAACAAACACUUGACAGAGCACUCCACAACAAGUGCUUGUUUUUCCAGCGGACUGCACAUGUAGGCACAAACAUGGACCAAUAUAAUUUUCUGAAUACCUUUGCCAGAAAUAUGUAACAAACUAUAAAAAAAAACAUAUACAAGAACAUUCUUCGGGAAAUAUUUGAAUCUUUUGUCCUUCAAUUCCCCCCACAAAAUGUGAAAUGUGAAUAUUUUGUUCAGCUGUUUUCUUCAUCCCCAAUCAUACAGUGCACUGAUGGCAAAAAUAAAGGGAAUGUUAUUGUGUGUUUUAUUUAAAAUA